GAAAAAAAAGAUAACACCACGUGCUUUACGCAUCGAUUAUUGUUUGGAACUUGAGCACAGUAAUAUAAUUGAGCAAGAAUGCCAGGUAAAUUUAUAAACAACGUACUCACGUACGAAGGAUGCAAUUACUUUAGGUAUCGUUUACUACUGGCAACAUUAUCCGGGAAACCUGUAAGAAUAACAGGGAUACGAAUCAACGAUGACAAUCCUGGCCUUAGAGAAUAUGAAAUAAACUUCGUUCGCCUCAUGGACAAAAUCACAAAUGGGACGAGGAUAGAGUUGAAUGAGACUGGCACUAUUAUUUCCUAUAUUCCUGGUUUACUAGUCGGAGGAGAUCUGGAACACGAAUGUAGUCUUGAGCGAGGCAUCAGUUACUAUUUGGAAGCUGUUAUGAUGUUAGCCCCUUUUUGUAAGAAAAUGGUCAAACUCAAAAUCAAGGGAAUAACCAACAAUACUCUCGACCCUUCUAUCGAUAGGCUGAAAGCUAGCGGAAUUCCAGUCAUUAAGCAAUUCAUUGUAGGGGAUGAUGAUGUGGAAUUAAAUAUUUCCAAGAGAGGCGUUGCUCCAUUAGGUGGUGGCGAAGUAUGGUUUAAAUGUCCUGUGAAUCGUCACCUUAAGUCGGUACAGUGCCAGAAUUGUGGAAUGGUUAAACGAGUGCGAGGCGUAGCGUGUUCGGUACGUGUAUCCCCAGCAAUAGCCAAUCGCAUGGUGGAAUCUGCUAAAGGAUGCUUGUUGAAAUAUCUUCCAGAUAUUUAUAUUCACACAGAUCAGAGCCGAGGUGCAUCAAGCGGUAAAUCUCCAGGUUUUGGAAUAACUUUAGUCGCUGAAACGACAACAGGAGUAUUUUUGAGUGGUGAAGCAUUUUCACCCUUGACAGAGACCGGAUCUCUACCAUGCGUUCCGGAAGAUCUUGGUAAAAAAGCAGCCUUAUAUCUUUUGGACGAAAUAUACAGAAGCGGAUGUGUAGAUUCUGCUUUUCAAAGCAUGGCAGCACUAUUUAUGGCACUUGGUAAGAAAGACAUUUCAAAGAUGACCCUAGGCCCAUUGACGCAAGCCGCAAUACAAUUUCUACGGGAUUUGAGAGACUUUUUUGGUAUUGUUUUUAAAAUAGACAUGGUGAGCAGUGAUGAAACCAUCGUUGAGGAACCAAGUCUCGUAUUAUUAACUUGUGUUGGAAUAGGAUAUUCGAAUAUCAAUCGCCGUGUCAUGUAGCGUUUGAGUAUGUAUUUCUGGUAUUUGUCUUAAAGCCAGACCACUGUAAACCUCAAUGUUUACAUAAGACAGUGAUACUUACCUAUCGGGCACUGCACACCAUAUUACGCUGGAGGGGCAAGGCCGAGUCCUGUUAGCUCCUUUUCUGUGGACGAAACUUUGUUCUGAUUGCAUGAAAACUGGACAUCUUCCAGUGGCAAACCUUUCACAGAUACCACGUUGCAUAGCUUCUGGAGAAAAUGGAGACUG